AUGAUAUCUACUCUCCUGAUGAGGCAAGUUGACAAGCACCAAAAAUAUCUGGGCAUUCCCACAAUCAAUGGGAGGUCAAAGAAACUGGUGUUUCGGGAACUCUUAGAUAGAAUAUGGAAGAAAUUGCGGGGUUGGAAGGAAAAAUUGUUGUCAAGGGCUGGAAAGGAAGUUCUGAUCAAGGCUGUGAUACAAGCUCUCCCUACUUAUCUGAUGGGGGUCUAUAAGAUCCCAAUGGCAAUUAUAAAAGAGAUUCAUUCAGCUAUGGCGCGAUUUUGGUGGGGUGGCAAAGGUGCGGAAAGGAAGAUGCAUUGGUUAAGUUGGGAAAAGAUGUGCAAACCGAAGUGUAUGGGGGGCAGGGGAUUUAAAGAUCUUGGGGUGUUCAAUGAUGCUUUACUUGGCAGGCAAGUUUGGCGACUAUUACAUUAUAAAAACUCCCUUUUGAGCCGUGUAAUGAGUGCAAAAUAUUAUCCCCAUGGAGAUAUAUUUCAAGCGAGGCUAGGAUACUCAAAUAGCUAUUCCUGGAGUAGUAUAUGGAGUGCGAAAAGUUUGGUGAAGGAAGGUUUGAUCUGGAAGGUGGGAGAUGGAAAAUCGAUAAAUCUUUGGCAGGAUCCGUGGCUUUUUGAUGAGGAUGACCGUUUUGUUUUGAGCAAUAGAGUUGAAGGAUUGGAGUUGGUGGGAGAUUUAAUUGAUGAUGACCGAAAAGAGUGGAAAACGGAUGUGAUUGAAAAUCUUUUUGAGGAACGUGAUCAAAAAUGA